AUGAACCAGCCUAUUACAGAUGCUAGUGAUUUUGCUCAGACUGCGAUACCUCAGCUAACGCAAUUAGAUAAACUUUUGCGAUGCCACAUUUGCAAAGAGUUUCUACGAGUGCCCGUUCUUACACCGUGUGGACAUACCUUCUGUUCCCUGUGCAUACGUCAGUACCUGCGUCAAGAUCCUAAAUGUCCAUUAUGCUUGAACGAGCUGCGAGAGUCAAGCCUACGUAGUGAAUUCCUGGUUGGUGAGAUCGUUGAAAUCCAUAAAUCUUCAAGACAAGCUCUACUAGAUAUAUUGAAGGAAUAUUCCAGAACUGAAUCCAAAGGUGAUAGUCCUCUGAUAGAAUUGGGGUCUCAAAGUGAUGCCGAUGACGAUAUACAAAUAUUGGCUACGACUGAUAGGAAAUCGUUAAGGCCGAGUACAAUUGGGUCUUCAGUCAACCGUGUGACAAAACUCACUGGAGUACGAUCCCUGUUGAAGAAUCACAAUGAGGGCAACAAGUCUAAGCAACAUAUGGCACAAUGCCCCAUUUGUGAACAGUUUUACCCCAUAGAAGCAUUAGAGAGAACUCAUUUGGACGAAUGUUUAACAGUCCAAUCAUUAGGAGGUCAACCAGGUUCCAAGACUUCUGAAAGAAAGGCGCCUUCACCAGUACCGCGAAAGCCAAGCCCACCCAAAACAGUUCAAUACAAGCACAACGAAGAUAAUGACACUUCCUCGCACGUCGAGAGAUAUAUCAAUUCGUCCAAUAGUGGCGACCGACAAAGAUUACCAAAAGUAACGUUUGCAUCGAUGAGCGUAGCUCAAAUCAAGCAGAAGCUAGCUUCUUUAGGACUUCCAGUAAAUGGAACGAAGCAAACUAUGAUUGCUCGUUAUGAUCAAUAUGAGAUGUUGUGGAACAGUAACUUUUGCGAUGCUAUUGAACCGGUUGACGUAAACGAACUAAAAAGACAACUACUCAGCUGGGAAACCACUCAAAAUAAUCACGGCUCUUCUAAUAUUGGAGGCAUAUCAUCGAUGAUGAAGCGAGCCAAUGGUAGUAAGCCUUAUCAAAAGCUGUUGGCAGAUUUCAAAAAUGACAAGUUUGAGAGAAAGUCGUGGAUACAAAUGUUUCGUCAGGACUUUAAGAGCCUUGUAAAGGAGGCCAGACGUCAAUUGAUUAAGGAGACAACGAACGAGAUUGAAUCGCAGAAGGACAAUACGGAGGAAACUGUAAAGACACAAUCGUAA